AUGUUCGAGCUCAACGUCCUACUCUUGUUCUUACUGACUGCUCCCGAUGUAUUCGCCGCCCCUACGCAGGUCCCGAUGGAUGUCGCGAUGGCACGUCCCCGGAAGCUGCAAGGCCGGUUCCUGCACAUAACGGACAUUCAUCCGGAUCCGUACUACAAGGAGGACCGCUCGGAGAAGUCAGCUUGUCACAGAAAGAAACCGAAGAAAGCGACGCCUCGCUCGGGCUACUAUGGCAUGCCAUUUAGCGAGUGCGAUUCGCCAUUUACCUUGACGAACUAUACAUUGAAUUUCCUGGAAAAUGAAUGGGCUCCUAACAUCGAUUUUGUCGUCUGGACUGGAGAUAGCGCGAGACAUGAUAACGACCGCAAGAAUCCCCGCACCACUGACGAGAUCUAUAUGCUCAAUCGUGUUCUCGCACGAAAGAUGGAGGAUGUCUUUUUGAGCAAAGGGAUCCCCGUCAUACCCACUAUAGGCAACAACGAUAUCUGGCUGCACACCUACAUCUUUCGUUGUGUGUGGGAGCAGCUGACGAACAAGAACCAGAAUAUCAUGCUUCCAGGCCCUAACAGCGUGACAUCUGAGUUCUCGUCAAUCUGGCGGUCCUUCGUUCCGUUCGAAUCGUACCAAGUGUUCCAACGCGGCGGCUACUUCUCCGUUGAAGUCAUUCCAAAUUCCGUCGCAGUCAUCAGCCUGAACACAAUGUAUCUGUAUGAUUCUAACAAAGACCUUGCGCUGCGAUAUCAAGAUACAAUACUAGGACACUUAUACGGACACAUGAAUGUUGACCAUUUUUUCUUUAUCGACGGCGAGCAUAUACGUCGGCACCCCAAACAGAAAUCCCCACUCGACAUUUCUGACGAGCCGCAGGCACAGGCUCGCAAAGGGUUGUACAAGACGCUACUGAAAGACUUCGAGGACAUCCCGAGGGCAUCGCACAACACCAGCUACGACAACUAUGGAGUGGUCAAUGUGUCACCCUCGGUGGUCCCGAAUCCAUAUCUUCCUUCAUUCCGGAUCUUUACAUACAAUAUUAGUGGCAGCCCAUACACCCCGGCCGCGCCACAUUCAGAGCCGUCUACGUGCUCCCAAGAUAACAGUGACUAUUCGUGGAAACGCCACCUGUCGAAGCCUUGGCACUCUAACCCCGAUUCGCCCUCGCGGACAAACAAACUUUGGUCGCCGCUGGGCUAUGCACAGUACUAUCUGCCGGGGCUAGCGUCGAGUAGCCAGAAGCGGCCGCCGAAGUUCAAGCUGGAGUACCUGACGUUCGCGGUGUCGCAGCUGCAUCCGUCUGGCGGGGAGGGGGCGGAGGGGUUCACGUACCCUGUACCGCUGCGCCAUCUUCCGAGAUCACUGCGAAAUGCCACGGUCACAGCAUCGAAGUUUGCGCCGUAUGGAUUGGCAGAUCUGACCAUUCCAUCCUGGGCAGAUUUGGCGCGGCGGCUUGCGGAGGGGGAGGACAAGCAGUUGCGGAAGCGGUUCAGACGGUAUAUGUACAUGGGGGCGGACGAGGCGUGA